ACAAGAGUAUCUGUCUACAUUUAAAACAGUGGAAGAAAAGCCUGAACUGGAAUAUGAAUGCAAGACUGAGAUGUACACGUCACCCACCAUGACCGCGAAAGAAGAAAACUAUUCACCAAUGGAAAACAAAGAUGAAGAAGAAUUUGAUCCAAGAGAAUAUGGAGACGUUCAAAAGAUCCAAUCUAACAAAAGAGGGAACACUGAGCGAAAAAGGAACAAAGAGAGAUGUCACAAACGCCCCCAGUGCAGAAAGACUUCAUACCAGGAAUUACAUCAGCGACUGGACACCAGGGAGAAAAAACAUGAAUGUGCCCUAUGUUUCAAAACAUUUGCUAGACGUUUCGAUCUUGCAAGUCAUCAAAGAAUACACACAGGAGAAAAGCCCCAUCAGUGCAGUACAUGUGGGAAGGCCUUUAGUCACAUAUCUAAUCUCAAGACACACCAGAGGAUCCAUACUGGGGAGAAGCCACACCAGUGCAGUACAUGUGGGAAGGCCUUCAGUGGUAUCUCUACUCUCAAGACACACCAGAGGAUCCAUACUAAGGAGAAGCCACACCAGUGCAGUACAUGUGGGAAAUCCUUUAGUUCAAUGUCUAAUCUCAAGACACACCAGAGGAUCCAUUCUGGGGAAAAGCCACAUCAUUGCACUAUAUGUGGGAAAUCCUUUAAUCAAUUGUCUGCUCUCAAGACACACCAGAUUACACAUACUGGGGAAAAGCCACACCAGUGCAGUACAUGUGGGAAGGCCUUUAGUCGAAUGUCUAGUCUCAAGGAACACCAGAGGAUCCAUACUGGGGAAAAGCCACACCAGUGCAGUACAUGUGGGAAGGCCUUUAGUCACUUGUCUACUCUCAAGACACACCAGAUUACACAUACUGGGGAAAAGCCACACCAGUGCAGUACAUGUGGGAAGGCCUUUAGUCAAUUGUCUACUCUCAAGACACACCAGAGGAUCCAUAUUGGAGAAAAGCCCCAUCACAUCCAUACUGGGGAAAAGCCUUAUCAGUGCAAUGCAUGUGGGAAGGCCUUUAAUCGAAUGACUCAUCUCAAGGAUCACCAAAUGAUCCAUACUGGGGAAAAGCCCUAUCAGUGUUCUCAUUGUGGAAAGGCCUUCAGUCAAAUGACAAAUCUCAAGACACACCAGAGGAUCCAUACUGGGGAAAAGCCACACCAGUGCAGUACAUGUGGGCAGGCCUUUACUUUCAUGUCUGCUCUCAAGAGACACCAGAUGAUUUUCCAUACUGGAGAAAAGCCAUAUACUACAUGUGGAAAGUAUUUCAGGAGUAGCUCUGACCUCACCCAACAUCAGAUUAUACAUUACAGAAAUGUCCUGCUGGAUUUUCUAAAUCAUCACAUUGGCCCAGGAGUGGCUAAAGGAACAGGACCAGAAGCUGCUGAGAAGAACCAGUACACCAUAACCGUAUAA